AGGUUUUUAUAAUACGGACUGUGCAAUGAACAAGCAAGACGAUUCAAAUAUCAUGGAAAUUCAAGAAAAAAAUACAAAAAGGAUAAGACGAAGUCAGUUAUGGCGUUCUCGACAGAAAACAAAACAAAGACGAAGACAAAAUUUAUUAAAUUUUGCAGAAGCAGAAAAAGAGAAUGUCUCACAAAUAAUGAAUCAGCAAUCUUUAUGCAAUCCUGGCCAAGAAAAUCAAAGACCUGCGCCACAAAGAAAUGAACAUGUUUUACAGCCUGCAGCAGCAAAAGAAGGUACAGCACUUCUUAUGCAAUUGUCACAAUGUGCACAACCUGCACAACAAUGUGCACAACCUCAGUUUGCACAAUCUACAGAGCAAUCUGCACAGUCUACACAUCAAUUUACACGCUUAUAUACUCAAAAUAGAAGAAGAGGUCGAGGAAGAAAUUGAGGAAGAGGUCGAAAUCAAAUGCAACGACAUAUACAUAUAUAUAAAGGAAUAGUAUAUAUGUAUCACAGAUAAAAAAAAACAUUAUUUUACAUAUUUCUAUUUUAUCUCUUUUUUUAAAUUCACAUUUAUUGUUUUAAAAUAUUUGAUUUUUUUAUAUUAUAUUUUUGAAAUUUUUAUUUUUAUGUUUAUAAAUUAAAAAAUUUUUAUUUUUGUAUUUUUAAUAUGUUAAGUUUAUA